UCCUUUUCCAAGGCCGUAAUUCCGCCGCCACUGUUAAUAAUAAUUAAAAAUCAGUAUCGCCGCGUUCUUUAACAGUUUAGUCAUUGAGUGUAUUUUAUGUAACAGUCCUAAUAACACUCACUCAUUCACUCAGUGACUUUGCGACUUCUUUUCUCAACGUGUUAAGUAUCCAAAAUGAAGUUGUAUUUUACUUCAUUCACAUUAUUGAUAUCAGUGAUGUUCUUAGUGUUUGCAAACAAUUUAGUAUCAGGUGAUAUUUCAAGUAUUAUUGGAUGUAAUCGCCCCAAUGAACAUUACGCCUGUGGUAGCGCUUGUCAGACAGAAUGUGUAACCUUAGGUCAAAUCUGUCCUAUUGUUAACAUCAAAUGUAACGACGCCUGUUACUGCAAUGAAGGUUACGCUAGGGACAAAAAUGGAGACUGUAUACCUGUUUCAGAGUGUAAAAAAUAAAACACAAAAAAUCGUUUUAAUUAUUAAACAAUAUAUCUACA